GGGGAUAUAGUACUACGGGAGCGGGGCCGCUCCGCAGCCCGACCGCCUCCCGGGGGAGCUGCGCCCGCCGCGCCGCGCUCCCUGCUGCCGCCGGGGCUGCUUCUGGCCGUCGUGGGGGUUCUGCGUUUUGUUGUUUGGUUUGUUUUUUGGUUUUUUGGGUUUUUUUUUAAAUUUUGCGGUUUUAUUUGUUUUUUAAAUUUCUGUAAUUAUUUUUGCUUUUUAUUCUUAUUUUUGUUGUAUCGUCUUGUUGGGUUUUUAUAUAUAUAUAUUUUUUUUUUUUCAUUUUCAGUGUUGUUUUCGCACUCUUCAGACCGUUCUUGGCAUUUUUCUCCCCCCUCCCCGGCUUGUUCAGGCUAUCACCUGAACUUUCGCCGCCUGGUAUAUGCUGUUGGGAUACCCCUAAGAGAUCGCCCAGGAAUGGUGGAUCACUUGCUGCCUACUGAUGAAUCCUUUUCAUCUACCAGAUCUUCUCUUGGGUACUUUGGGGACAUGACAGCAGGGCUGAGGUCCUACCAAAUGCUGCCCUCUCCCCUGUCGGAAGAUGACAGUGACUCGUCCAGCUUUUGUUCUUGUUCCAGCCCUGACUCCCAGGUUCUCAGCUCCAGCUAUGGAAGCACAUCCAGCGCAGAAAGUCAAGACAGCAUCUUAGAUUACUUAUUGUCCCAGGCAUCUUUGGGGAACACCUCUGCGUCAUGGUGGGACAAAAGGAGACUUCAGCCGAUAGUGAAAGAGGAGUACUUUAGGUUGCCUGAGUUUGCUGUGGAUAUGGAAGACUCAGGACCAUUUCAGCCCACACUUGAGGAAAUUGAGGAGUUUCUGGAGGAGAACAUGGAGUUGGAGCUCAAAGAAAGACCUAAAAGCGAGACCAAGGACUUGAGAGCUUGCAGCCAAGUUUCUGUUGCUUCACUACAGCAAAAGGACCAUAUGUUACCCAGUGCUAGUUUAAAAGAGAGUAAAAAUGAACAGUUGAACAGCUCAACGGAAGGUGGCCAAGCUUCAAAUGGAGGAAUGGCCCUGGAGAAUGGGAUACCAGUUAUGCUUCAGAUUCAGCCUGUACAGGUCAAACAGGAGUCCAACACGAGCCCCAGUUCCCAAGGACCAGCACAAGAGAACAUUAAAAUUGCACAGCUGCUAGUCAACAUCCAAGGACAGACAUUUGCCCUUGUGCCUCAGAUAGUUCAGUCAUCCAAUUUGAACUUGUCCUCUAAAUUUGUCCGCAUUGCUCCCGUCCCCAUCGCUGCCAAGCCAAUUGGGCCAGGAGGCAUGAUCCAGGGUCAGACGGGAAUCAUCAUGGGUCAGAAAUUUCAAAAGAACCCUGCGGCAGAACUCAUUAAAAUGCACAAGUGUUCUUUUCCUGGUUGUACCAAGAUGUACACAAAAAGCAGCCAUUUGAAAGCCCACCUGAGGAGGCAUACAGGAGAAAAGCCUUUUGCAUGCACGUGGCCGGGUUGCGGAUGGAGGUUCUCCAGGUCAGAUGAGCUGUCCCGGCACAGGCGCUCCCACUCAGGGGUGAAACCCUAUCAGUGUCCCGUCUGUGAGAAGAAGUUUGCUCGAAGCGACCACUUGUCCAAACAUGUCAAGGUGCAUCGGUUCCCACGAAGCAACCGCUCCGUCCGCUCCAUGAACUGAUGGGUCCCGCUUUCCCCUUCCCGCCCAGCCAUCCUACGACCGCCGAUGACAGCACUUUGCUCACUAUGUUUCUAGUGAUAAUUUAUUUGUCUCCACAGAACAGUCAAUGCUGUUACUUGAUAACACCAUGUCCGAGCGUCCUAUGUCCUUUAAAAAUUAUUUGAGAAUGAAGCUCUUUUUGGGUCAGGGGAGGGGGGUGCUUCUUUCUUUUUGUCUCUCUCUUUUUUUUCUCUUUCAUUCUCUUCCCUGCCCACCUCCCCUCCCCUCCCCAAGAUCUUAUUUGCCUUUCCUUCUAUCUUUCCCUUCUUUGCUGCUGCUUCUUUUGGAAAUUACAGUGUUUUAUUUUUAGCUGUUUUCUGCUGCACAGGAAAAUGUAAGAGUUGCUUGCUGCUAGUUAAUUAUAGCCCUGGCAUUCCUGAGGGCUUUGCUCAUGUACAGGCCAUUCAUUGUGAGUUUUUAUUAAGCUGCUCUAUUUGUCCAGUUUGGAAACAGCAAAUUCCUUUUGAAACGAAAACAACUCCUUUGUUUUUGGGUUGCCUGAGCCAAGGAUGUGUAGGGGCUGGCCAUAGGAGGAGGAACAGUGGGAGCUGGGGACAGGGGGAGGCAAGGCAUGGAGAGGGCUGGAAUGCACCUCUGCGCCUCUCUGAUUUCUCUGGUUCACAUUUACCUUUUCCUUGGCUAGGGCUAUAUAUAAAUAUUUAUGUAUAUAUAUUCAUACAUACAUAUAUAUAUAUUUAAGCAAAGGCAUAUCCCAAGCAAACCUGGAAGCUCAGGCUGGAUGAAAUGGCUUGGAGUGGAGCCUUUUGGUGUGGCUGAGCACGUACUGUGUGCAUGCUUCUCCUGUCCUGUGCUGCCAUGGGGUGAAAGGAUGCCCAUGUGUCGAAGGAAACGCUACUUUCCUUUGACUGGUUUGCAGCAUCCACUGUCUUUAGUAGAAGAGCUGUUGUCUAGCAUAUAAAGCAGCAGGAAGAUGUUUGUGAGAAUGGCUGAGCUUUGUUCUUGUCUCUGCUCCUGCCGUCUUGUGUGAUCUUGGGGGAGAAACCAGAGUACCAGCCCUGGAGGUGCUCAGUGGUCCUGGUGAGCACCGAGCAUCCUGAGCAUCCGCUGCAAGUCAACGCCUCACUGGUUGGAGCUUAAGUCUCUGUCUGCUGGCCUGCAGGGUCUUGUAGGAUGUACCUGUACCUGGGGGGGUGGGAGGCACUGUGGAUUGGUGGGACAGCACCAUGAGAUCUUCUGUCCAAGGCUGGUCUUCAGUGUUAAUCUCCCUUACUGACAGCCAUGUCAGAGCUCCAUGCAGCUGGGGUGGGCGAAUGGGUGAGAACAGUAGCCAAAAGAAACAAAGUUGUGUGGUAGGUGGCUAAGAAGGGAAUUCAAAUAAUCAGAUGGUAGCAGGCAAGUGAUUUUGUUUGUGUUUCUUCUUGUUUUGUUUUUCUCUUGAACUCUGGUGAUUGUAAGAAGCUUUUAGAAGAAAAUAGAAUUCAGUAAUUAGAAACGAUUUUAUAAUGGAUGUUGCAUUUCCUUUCCGUUCACAGAUGGCAUCUGUUUGUCUUUUUGUUGGCAAAAUGGGAGAUAGGAGACUGCGAUUCUAGUGCUAGGCAGAGCAGGAGCCCGCACUGUGCAAGAACAGCAGGUCUAGCUAAAGCAAAUGCAUUCCUUUUGUCCUCUAGAAAUUAAUAUAAAUGAACUAUCAUCUAUUGACUGGUUUAUAUCACAUCCUAUGAAUGUAUGUAAAUAAAACUGUACAUAGAUGCAUAUCUAUAUAAAAUAUCUUUUAAUAACAUAUCAAAUUUGUGUAAAUUGGAAACAAAAAUACCUAUAAAGCCAGUGUACAUAAGUUACAAUUCUGUAUAUUUUCUUUUGUUCUUCAUAAAAAUAUAUUUACUUUGACAAUAAAAUGAAAAUGGAAAUUUUAAA